UAUCAGUGUCACAAUUGGAUUUUUCUACCCAACGGUGAUGGCUGUUGAUCAUGAUUCUUCAGCGGGUUUGGGUACCUAUCUAGGCACUUCUGCUUCCACACCUAUAGAUUCGUCGAAUAUUGGCUUUCAGUUGUUAAAGAAGCAAGGAUGGAAAGAAGGAAGUGGCCUUGGUGUUUCCGAACAGGGCAGGCUGGAGCCAAUAGCAACUACCAUCAAGAAAAACAAAAGAGGUCUUGGAGCGGAACAGCCAAAGAAGCCAAUCAAGCAAUUAAAAGAUAAGGAUUGUCCAGAAUCGCCGAAGAUUAAAACACGAGGCGUCUCGAAGAAGAUGAGGAAGAUUCAAGAGUUUGAAAAGAAAAUGCAAGAAAAGGAAUUUGAUCAGGAUUUCUUCAGGAUGUUCUGGCCAGAUAACGUCUGAACUUUUGCUUCAAAUGACUUAUUAGGUGCUGGACAUUUCCUUGCAAUGGGGAGUUAUUUCAUUUAGCAUGUUACUGGCUCCCACCGCAGUUCUCACAAUAUGUCCAAUGAGUGAAUUUUUCUUUUGACAAACCUGUAGAUUUCAUUAUAUUUUCUAAGUUCCUUUUUAACUUCAAAUUUUGUUGUUACACUACAUUAAUAUAUCUAUCUGGUGGUAUUGUAAAAUUAUUGGUUUUUUGUGAUAUGUUUAGAUUAAAGUCUUGAUUCGUUUUAA